CAUCCCAUUUCCUCGAUCAUUCCCUCGCAGCUUUUAUGUGAAAUAUAUAAUUCUACAUAUAUUAUAUAUAAAUCCAUGUUGUUGGCUUAAGACACCAACUUGUCUUGGGACACAAAUUUGAAUUUCUGGGACAUCCAAUCGUCGCCGAACAUGGAGAAAACCAGGAAAAUUGUCCUAUUUGCAUGCCUGCUGCUGGUUUCUUUCUUAGCUUCAUCGUCUGCCCAAACCUGUCUUAACCAUAGCUUUUCCAACAGGCAAUACGCCAACUGCAGCGACCUUCCAGCCUUGAACUGUUUCCUCCACUGGACAUAUGAUGAAGCAGCUGGUACCGUUGAGGUUGCCUUUAGACACACCGGAACCACCUCAUCCAGGUGGUCGGCGUGGGGCAUCAACCCAAGCGGACCAAGCAUGUUGAACACCCAGGCUCUGGUCGCCUAUGUCAACUCCAGUGGCAUCCCUCAUGCUUUCACCACAUCCAUCGACAGCAUGAGCCCUUCCAUGCAACAGAGUGCUUUGAGCUUUCAAGUUCCAAGCCUUUCAGCCGAGUUUGAGAACAACGAAAUGAGGAUAUUCGCUGUCAUGAGAAUCUCGGAAAGUUUGUUGGCUACCAACCAGGUUUGGCAAGAAGGUCCAGUCAGUAACGACCAACUAAUGAUCCAUCCUACUUCUGGAGACAACAUGCGAUCUACCGCAAGUGUCAAUUUCCUUACGGGACAAUCUGGGGGGACCUCAUCUGGCAGUUCAAGAACUCGAAGAAGAAAUGUUCAUGGAGUUCUUAACACAGUCAGCUGGGGAAUCUUGAUGCCUUUGGGAGCCAUAACGGCUAGGUACAUGAAGGUGUUCAAAUCAGCAGACCCGGCAUGGUUUUAUCUCCAUGUUGUUUGCCAAACAUCGGCCUAUGCUGUAGGCGUAGCAGGAUGGGCAACUGGUAUUAGGCUGGGCAGUGAUUCAGCUGGUGUCACACACAAUCCUCAUAGGAACAUUGGCAUCACCCUCUUCUGCCUUGGCACUCUUCAGGUGUUUGCUUUGCUUCUGAGGCCAAACAAGGAUCACAAAUACAGAUUGUAUUGGAACAUCUACCACCAUUCCGUGGGUUACGCAGUCAUCAUCCUCAGUAUCAUCAACAUCUUCGAUGGCUUCGACAUCCUUCAUCCCGAUGACCAUUGGGAGAGAAUUUACAUCGGAAUUCUCAUAUUUUUGGGUGUUGUUGCCACUUUGUUGGAAGGAAUCACUUGGUACAUUGUUCUGAGGAGGAAGAACAGAGGGUCUGAUACUGAUAAGCGCUCUCAGAGCAUCAAUGGAGCCAAUGGAGUGAAUGGAUUUGGUGCCAGGGGACAGGACGUGUAACAAUUUUGUACAUCUUACAUAUAUUGUAAUAUAUGUAAGUAUAUUUUGUCAGUCUAUUACACCAUGUUGUUGUUGGGUUUUUUUUUUUUUUUUGUACUUCAUGUAGUUUAAUUUAAUUUAAUUUAUUUUGUAUGUA